AUGGGUCAGACCGCCUCAGGCACGGUCGCCAAUUACAAGCAGCAGCACCAGCAGCAGAUGCCUCAAAUUUACGGGGCAGAAGAAGACCUCCCUUGCGCGUCGGAGCUCGUACAGAGGGUCGUUGGAGAGGAUGCUGCAGGACUGCGACGGCCGCAGGUGGAACUACAGGCGCUGUCUCCACCUCGAGCGCCCAGCGAAGUAGACACCUUCGGGCCCUUUUGCAAAGGUCCACAUCUCAGAAGCAGCACCUGCAACGAUGAUCAUGCCGAUCCAUUGGCGUGUGUGUGUGUCUUCUCCAUUGGCAGUAGCAGCACUGGCAGCAGCGGGCUGGUGCAGCAGCAGCUGCAAAAAAUUCAGCAGCAAUCAACCGCGAGCGAGGGGAAAGGUGUAUGGGGUGCUGCGUCGUCUUCGGCGGGGGUGCCCUUGACGGCAGGUACAGCAGCAGAAGGAGCAGCAGCCGUAAGGCCAGGAGCCGUGGGAGAAAGUUGGCUCAUGGAGGGCUUUUCAACGGCUAUUGAUACUCAGCAUCUGGGCAACACUGGGACUACCGGCGAUGGCGAUGGCCAGGGCAGUGAAGGGGAAGAAGAGCAGCUGCAGCCAGCGGCAGCAGAGAAUGCUUCAACGGCUGAAGAAGCCAUACGGUCUGUGCCUUCAGCGAUAACCGCUUACCGGCCUCUCAAUACUUCUCCUCUGUCCGUCUCAUUCUGCCUGCUCCUUCGCCUUCCAGUCAGGCCUUCAGCACUCUGUUGCGCGUCGGUGCAGCGUCAGCAGCCGCUACUGCUCGCAGGCUGCAGCAGACAGCCUGCCCUCUUCUGGCUUCACUUGGGAGGGCCUAAGCAGGUAUUGGGGUGUAUGUACACCACUGAUCUGAUACGAGUGACGAAGAGAGCAGGCGUUUGUCCAGGAAAUGCAGAUCCUUCCUCAGCAGCAGUUGUUGGGGUUGCUUCAACAGCUGCAACACGAGUUGCGUGGUCGGGAGCAAUAGCCCAGGGUAAAACCAGUGCUGCUGCUGCUAGUUUGGGCUGCGCUUGCCGGGCUUGUGAGGGUCGUUGCUGCUGCUUUGUGGACCCACUGGCACUUCCGCCGAUGGGGCGUAGAAUCAGCAGCAACGGGACGUCAGCAGGAGUACCCUCCUCUGCAGCAGGAGCGCCAUCGCCUUCCUCAAGACGCUGCAGGUGUCGAGGGAGGCGCAGGCUCAUUACCUAUCUGUUCCACCCAAAAGGCUACACUUCAUUGACGGAGCUUUUGCGGCUUCCUGCCCCUGCACAGGAUGCACAUCUUGUGCCCGAUCUUCCAGACGUUUUCCUCUGUGCGGACUCUGGCCCGAACUGUGGAGGUCCUCUACAUUCGCCACUGGGUUGCAGAAGCGCCUCGACAAGCAGGUGUUCUCGACUGUCGCGCAUUCGGCAGAAGCUCCGAAAGAGCAGCUGCAGCAGCCUUUCGGGGAGCAAUAUUCAGCAGCAUAAGCAAGACGAGUUAGCUGGGGUUGCUGUUUUUGACCGCUGUGAGCAGGGGCACAAGAUUGGAGGGCAGGACCCUCUCAGCACCUCGCAGCAGCACCAAAGUGCUCUCUUCAGCAGCGGCACCAUCAACACAACGAGGGCAAACAGCAACCGCCACAGAAUUAGUUCAACCUUGAACAGGACGGAGAGCCUGACAAUUAGAAACGCAGAAGCGUCAGGUUGCAAGCGCACUACCAACGGGACGGGCACCAUAAGAGGCCUUCGUGAUUCAGCCGCUGGUUUUGGACUGGUUAAUGAAGAAAUAUGCAACAGCGUGGUCGACGCACAGGCUGCACCUGCAGAUGACAGUAUCAGCAGCAGUGACGGAGGCACAAGCGACGACAGAUUACUGCAGCUUGGUACCAGCAGGCUUCCCACGAGAGGGGUGUGCACUACUCAACGGCUGGAGCGUCGGAAGAAGACCCAAAGACAACAUAUGAUGCGUAGCCUUACGGAUGAAGCCUUCUCAGAUUAUGAGACUCUGCAUAAGCGCUGUUGUGGAGGUGUGCGUCAGCUGCAGCUGAACCAGCGGCUUGAUCUCUUGGCUGUGGUUACAGCAGCAGGAGAGUUGCUUAUGCUGUCUUGGCGCUUUCCCCUAAGAGGAUAUACACAGGUGGAUGACCUCGACAGCAUUCAACAACCAGCCAGUGAUGCAGGUGUGGCUGAACAACCCCUCAAGGUCCACUUGGCUAGCCAGCACUGUUUGAAGCGACUGAAUCCGGAAGUUCCAGCGUCAGCCGCGGCAGGAAGUGGACCAGAUAUAGCAGAUGUUUCUUAUUCAGCGAGUAUUCAUAGCCAAUUGAACAAUGAUACAAGUACAAGCAGUGCCCAUACCCGCUGCAGGGGCUGCGGAAGCAUAUGCAUAGGGGCGGGCCUGGACGGUCGAGUGUCUAUAGGCCACUCUACACGUGAAGGUUUCGUCGAUGCUCCCUCUGUUUCGGAGACCUGUCAUAGCAGCAGCAACACCAAUAGCUUGAGGCCAUGGCGACCGCUCGGGCUCCAGCUUAGGGCGGAAGCAGUGUGCUGCUGCGCGCUUAACGGGGAACGGAGCCUCGUCGCAGUGGGUCUUGGCAGUGGCUUUGUCGAGGUGUAUAGGCUCAUCUGGCCUAGGAGCCCCGUGCAACGAGUUCGGAAUUCUCGGAAGCCGCAGCAGCAGCAAACAGACCAACGACCAACUAGACGCACCCACAGGAAUAUUGAACGUGAUGGCUUUACACUGCUUCCACAGCUUAUCAACGUGAUACGUGUUCCAGAUGACAUCAUGGCAGCAGCAACGCAACACGCACGAACGCGUGCAGCUCAUACAGCUGCAGGCGAUGACUCCACAACAAGCCCUCCUUAUGUGCAAGCGUGUAGCGUCCAGAGCCUGCAGUGGACAGCCGACGGCGCGGCCCUCGCAGUGCGGUGGCUCAGAGGUGGAACAGCUGUCUUCAGCCACACGGGAAGCAUACUAUUCUCCCUUCCUGACCUCUUCACUGCAGAGCCGGGCCCCGCAGCAUCUGGUGGUGGUCAGGAGUGUCCUUUUAAAGGGUCCCCGUGGGGAUUGCAUCGCCUGCGGCGUGAGCAGAAGCGCUUUCAUGGAAGACAAGCUCCUGCGAAUGCAGCUGCCACCGCAGCAGCAAUUGCCGCAGGCGCAGCUAUAGGGUCAGGACAGUUGUGUAGCUGGAUAAUGGGUGGUCUGUCUCUGAUGUACGUAUGCCCCUGUCGUAGAGCCAACUCGGGGCUCCAUCCAGAUGGCGAACGCGCCGAACGUGGCACCCACGUGUCGAGUUUUGAAGCCGACACCCAAAUUCAAAUUCCGUCGUCAGAGGAAUUACUGGAGGUAGCAGUUGUGCGAAGCGCAUCUGUAGCUGCGGCAGCUUCGUCUGUAGACGUGUGUGGCAGCCGCUGUGCGUCCGACAUGACUGACAGGGUGAUGGUUGGAGGUUCCCACUUGCUUGUGUGGAGUUUUCUCGACAGUAUGAGGGAGUCCGCUUCAUUGUCGCUUGUCCCGCUACCACCCAGUUUGUAUACGACAAAGGCAUUCCCCGUUCGGCAGGCAGCACUGUCUCCAGAUGGAUCUCAGAUGCUUGUUGCUGGGAGCCGAGGCUUCGCCUUGUUUGCUUUGCUGCAGCGGCGGUGGCGGCUUCUCUGUAUGGAGCGGCAGGAGGCUCAGCUCCUUACGGGCACCUUACCCCUGGGUUGGUACACGAAGGACAUCUUCUUUGUCUCGACGCCGGCGUUUGACCCGAGUGAUACUGCUGCAUCGUCAGCAGCAGCUGCAGUAGCACCAGAACCGCUUUGCACGCUUAGUGCUCCCGAUGCAGCUCCCCGCUGGCUCCUUCCUCCCAGUAUAUUUCAUAGAUUUCAAGCUGCCGUGGCUGCAGCUGUGGACUUCUGUCCCUCAAGGUUUGCAUCUCAUGUUCCACUGACGAUUCACGAAAAGACGGCCUGGCUUCAGCAACAGCAGCAGCAACUCCACCAGUCUUCGUCACGUCUGUGGGGAGCGGCUGGAGCCGGUCGCGGCUCUGCAGAACUCUCUGCGAUUGCCACUGCUGCAGCAUCGCGUGGAACUAGCAGUAGUAGUGGUAGCAGCGCUAUGUGGUACUAUGCUGUGCUAUUUCUGCGUAGUAGCGAACGACUGGACCUGCGUUGCCGUGUUGCAGAAAUCAAGCGUCUCCAGGCCAGACCUCAUACGACCACGGUGCUGCCAAGCAUGCAGCAGCAGCAGUUGCUUCGCCCGGCAGGUUCUCUUGGGUCCCGUUGUUGUCUCUGCCACCAUGAGGGCAACAGUCACGGCAGCUGCUGUAUGGUUUGUAGCGGCCGUGCAGCUGUCGCCCUGCGGAGCUUCGCUGCAGGCAACACAGACGAACCUCUCCUGGCAAUAUAUGAUGCUAUGGGAGUCCUAACCGCUUACCAGCUGCAGCAGCCACAACAGCAAAAGGAACAUCAACCACGGCAGCAAGACGUUGUAGCUCUUUGGCAACUUGAUCUAUCAGACUUCUGCGAUAGGCCGCCGCAGCAAAUACGCUUCGUUGGGUGCGCGUGGCUUUUGCUUGCAUUGCUCCAGUCUGGGGCUUUGUUGCUUCUGCGCUUGGGCAUGCCAGGGGCAGGCCACCUCUCACAUCAGAGGAAACACAACAUUCCUCGCCUCAUCGUGGAAACGUUCACUGUAGUGGCGGACGGCGUUACAGGCCUUUGGGUAGGGGCGGAGGCGCAGCUGCAACAACACUACAUGCUGCCAUCAUCUCGCUUCUGCGUUCUUCGUCCACAGCAGCAGCACCACAUGCAAAUACCGCAAGGACAUGCUGGCAUUGGAAUGGAGAAUUUAGCUAGAUGCUCUUGUUCAUGUUUGGGGCAAGAAACGAUGUCUCCACGACAAAAUGACCGAAACGGAGAGUGUCUGCAAAUGGCGCUGCAUCAGUACAAGCCUACAUCGUGCGGGCCGGGCAUGGAAGCGGAGGUUGCCCUUAAACAAACCGGAGGUGGUUCAGGCCCAGAUAGCGAGCUAACGCUGUCAGACAAUAAGUUGAGUGCCUGGAGCGCCGGAGUCAGCAGCAGUAGCAAUAUAGCUGCAGCUUCCGCUGACCUUGAACUGUGGAAAGCAAAGGCUCCCCUGCCAUGGCCUCUGACUGCCAGGAAAUUGCGCGGGAGCUCGGGUGUCUCCAUCCCCCAUGGAUCACAUCAAGAUACCCAUCGGAGCAACUUAUUAGCGCCAGGCACAGCACUGUCACCUCCAUUUUUUGUUGGUCCUUUGUGCACGACAAACACAAACAGUGCAGCAGCGCCAGCGCCUCAUUGCCUACUUCCCUACCAAAGAAUCGUUGACUUCCCUCGUCCUGUGGCAGUUGAACCCGUGCUGGCCAAAAGCUGCAGCACCAGCGACCUCUACAAGGUGCCGCUCCAGCGUCAACAAGAGGAAGAGCUGCCAGAACAUUUGGUGAGAGAAAGGCGUGCUCCGCUAUCACUUCCUGUGCUCACAGCUGGGAGUUCGAACAAGACAAGCGGUGCAAUGCAGCGGGAUUACAUGGUCUCUGGCAGCACGCCUGAGGACUCAGGUGGGCUGCAGGGAAGCGGAACAUCAGAACGGCGGAUUCGACGUCCCUUCCAAACCUUCUGGACGGCCGGGUGCCGACAGCACAUUAAGUAUAUUCAACAAUCAAAGGGCGAUGGCAGUCUUGAAGCGUAUACCCGCGGCUCAUCGCCACUUUUGCUGUGUUCCAAAUACAGUAAGGACGUAGCAGGAGCGACGGCCAGUGAGGCAAAUUCUGAAACACAAGAGGCGGUAGCUGCUCCUGAAAGAUUUUCAUCUUCAGCUGUUCGAGGAGAGCCACCUGUUGUGGAUUCGGACGGUUGCAGCGGCAGCGGGUUGGACUCGUCUCCCGCGGUUAAGGGCCCUGUUGUUGCCGCACAGCCUUGGGAGACUCGUAUUGGAAAUUGCGACGUUUGCUGCUGCUGCGUUGCUGGAUGGCAUAUAUGGGCUCAAACACCUGCAGGGCUACUACUGGCUUCCGUGGGAUUCCACUACUCGGGCGCUGCGGCAGCAGCGGCAACGGAGGGUAGCUCACCCGAGUCCUUGCUCUCAGUAACUGACGUACGUUUGCGGUCAGCUUUGGUGCUUCCAGUAGAGUCGCGCCCGCAACCUCUCCAGAUCGUUGGAGUAAUCGGAGAGAGGCAGCUGCUAGCUGCUGUCGCCCGAAUUCCUGAGAGUUCUAGAGAACCGUGUAUGCUUGUUGAGGGACGAGCAUUUGAUGCAGCUUCGGAAGGGCACGUGGCGGACUGUACCAGCUGCGGAGUGAGGGGCGAAAUCAUCGACACCAACCAAGGCAUCUGCAGCAGCCGCAAGCGGCUCUUCUUGUCUGUCUCAGCGCUUGUGCGGGAAUUAUUGGCAUCCGCGUUUGCUCACCAUCUGUUGGAAUUGGCACAGUUUGGGCUAUUGAUGAGGUGUAUAUCCACCUAUUUGAAGGCGGCAAAGUUGCGACGUGUACAGCUGCGACCGCACAACAACAGGGAGCAUCCUCUGUUACAUCCCAGUACAGCGAGAGGAGAGCCGUGUGUAGACAGCAUCAGCAGGGGUGACCUUGGAGCCCUUGCUGGAAGUGUGCGCACUGCCGCUGCCGCUGCUCUCGGGAGUUCAUCAGAAGGCGCUGCCCUGGAGUGGUUCCUACGGCUAUUGCAGCGGAAGUCUCCCCACAUGUUCGUUGCAACUCUUGUUUUCUGCAUGCGGAAGACGGAGCCCCUUGUCUCGCCGGCGGUGCUGGAGUCUUUGUUGCAACGGCAGGUGCCGCCGGCCGACCCCGUCACUCUCUUUACCAAAUGCCUCGAACGUGGACUUCUGCAGACAGCUUCGCUUUAUUUGCUGCCCAUUCAGACAACAGAGGGCCCACUUCAGGUGAGAUGUCGCCGCGUGCUGCCACUUCUCCGUGCUGCAUUGGCAGCUGGAGACUUCCUUCUAACUCGCAAGCUGCUUCAUUUUUUCUGGGCAUUUUUUAGAAGAAGGCACAACACACGGCCUAUUAGCAAGAGGAGCAAGGUGCAGCGAGAACAGGCGUCGGUGCAGUCUGCAUCUGAAGGUCCUACGGAGAUCGAAAUGCAGCUGCUGCGGCAAAGGCACCCUGCAGGGGGUCAACAGAAAAGUGCACACACAAGGAGGGCCGCACGGAUGAGCAGUCGGCUCACACAGCUGCGCAGUUUGCUUUGGCGUCCUGUACAAACAGACGAGUGGUCAAGCUCCCCCGCCAAAGGAAGCACAGGAAAGGCUGGUGUUGACUGCAGCUUCCUUACCAACCCCUGGUUGUCCCGCGUCCCGUUGGAACUACGCCGGGUGGAUCGUCUAUUGGCUGCACAGGUGUAUCGGGAAGUCGAGGCGGCUGUUGCUGCUGCUGCUUCGGCGUUGCUCAAACAGCACAAGUGGCUGCAACUGUUUGACUUUGCGACGACUCUAGGUGUUGACCUUCCUGCUUGGCUUCGGGGCCGCAGCAAGAGUGAUUUGCUGGACCGCGUUAACCAGCCAAAUACGCAAACGAACCAGGAACAGAUCCCUUGGACAGAAGGGCUGGCAAUUUCUUCUACAGCAAAGACAGUGCCGGAAAGAGCCGGACCCAGAUCUACGACUGCAACUGGAGGGGCAGCACCAACUGCAGCUCAGGUCCUUUCCCGGCUUUUCUCUGAGGCAGUAUGUUCCUUUACACAGCAGCUUUGCAUUGGAGAUAUGCCCGUGUCUUUGUGUCUGAAGCAGUCUUUUGUGCGCGACUGUUCUCGGUUAUUUAUGGAGGAAAAGUGCCAACAACAGUCUCCUAGCUGGAAGGACGGGCUGCAGGUGGCUGCAUUGCUGGAAACAGCUUGCAGGCAGUCACCAAAAUACACUGCAUGUGUAGUUCCACCACUGUGUAGUAACGGAAACAGGCAGCAGCAGGCUACAAGUGAGAUGGCUCGUUAUCUGGCUAGAGUGCUGUUGCUUUCGGGGCAUCCAGUCUACACUUUGGCUCUGGCAGCUGCUGUCCGUGACAGAGAAGCAGCAGCACAGAUACUCAGCUGGUAUCCUCAGCUACGCUGCUUUUUUUCAACGACAGUUCUUGCGGCGUGGGCUGAUGAAGCUGAGGGACCAGUAGCGUUCUCGAAAGGCCACGCACCUGAAGAAGGCAUGGCAGGCGAUUACUAA